AUGGGUGCUAAUUUUACUCUCUGCUGCUGUCACUGCUAUCUGAAACCCAACAGAGAGGAAAAGAAGGCGAUUUUGGGUAUGAACACCACUCCAACUUCUAGAUCACUUGAACUGUUAUCCAGUGGAUCCAGCAGCAGUGACUCUGAGGAGGAGAGCCUGUUUGGGCCACCGUCUUCAAUAAGGAUCCCGUGGAACAACCAGAAGAACAAGAGGAGAACUGUGGAUCCGUGGACCGCCUCACACAGACCAGCUGAUUCUUGCAUCAGACGUGGAUGGGACAGAGAGCUGCAGGCUUUUAUCAGCAUGAGAGACCAGGCUGACAAGGCUACAGAGGAAUGGGAGAAGCUGAACUACGACAUACACACGUUACGCUAUACCAGACGAGAGGUCAGAUCUCGAUGGAAGAAGAUCCUGCUGCAGCUGGGUUAUCAGUGUGAGGUGGAUUCCUUGCUGUGUGUGAACAGUCAGAGCCGGUUCAGUCGAGAUCAAGAACAUCUUAACAAAGCUGCCGACCUGUUGAAACAACUGCUGGACCACACGUGCCUGUUCCCACCAGGGAAAGAACACCAUAACAGAUACCUCUACGUCAUGGACCGCCUGGUGUCACUGGACAGUGCUGAGGACUUUGUCAGACUGGCCAAAGAGAAAUAUCCCAAGAAAUAA